AUGCCAACAGAGAACAAGCCUCUAGCAGAGGAUCUCCUUCAUCCCUCUCCAGAAGAGGAGAAGAGGAAACAUAAGAAAAAGCACCUGGUGCAGAGCCCCAAUUCCUACUUUAUGGAUGUGAAAUGGCUAGGAUGCUACAAAAUCGUCUUUAGCCAGGCACAAACGGUAGUCGGGUGUGCUGGCUGCUCCAUUGUCCUCUGUCAGCCUACAGGUGGAAAAGCAAGGCUGAUAGAAGGAUGCUCCUUCAGGAGGAAACAGCACUGA